AUGGCUUGGUUCACGACUCUGCCUCGGGGAUCCAUCACAAAUUUCCGCGACUUCUCGUCGAAGUUCCUCGUUCAAUUCUCUACGAGUAAGAUCAAGCAGGUAACGAUCUACGAUCUGUACAACGUGCGCCAGUCAGAGAGUGAAACUUUGAAACAAUAUGUGAGGCGGUUCAGUGCAGUGUCUGUCAAGAUUGAAGAGUCGGAACCACAUGCCUGUGCGCGUGCUUCCAAGAAUGGACUGCAACCAGGAACGCUGAAGAGUAAGUUGAGUCGUAAGCCAGCUCGGUCAAUGGCAGAAAUCCGUGCUCGAGCGAACACCUACAUCUUGGAUGAGGAGGACAGCGCUUUCAAAAGGAAGCGUGCAAAGAUGGAGAAGGAUGGCGAUCAGAGGAAUGUAUCGUCGGCGAGCAAACAAAGUCGGGAGAAAGAGGAAAGUAGUAAGCAGAAAGACAAGAAAGAAAAGUCAGUAGAAAAGUUUGCAAAGAGCAACUCUACCCAAAGAAGGAAAGUUUUGAGUGUAGACGCCCGUGGCAUCAAGCCGAUUCCUGCCGGCGAGAGGAAUCGAGCAAAAGCCUGA